GACCCCGCUCUCGACUCAUUUACUCAGUCAGGUGAGGAGACGCAAACAGGACGCAGCUGCGGCGACUUUCUCUCCGCACCAAAGCUCCACAAAAGCGGCGUUUUUCCUGCGCCUCCUCCUCCAUUUUCCUUCACAUUUUCGGCGACUUUGGUGAGGUGAUGUCGGCCAUCCAGGCGCUGGAGCGGUGGUGCAGGUGUGCGUGUGAGGACUACAGAGACGUCAGCAUCAGCAACAUGACGUCAUCCUUCCGGAGCGGACUGGCCUUCUGUGCCCUGAUCCACAGACACAGACCUGACCUCAUAGAUUAUGAGUCUCUUCGCAAGGAGGACGUGUUUGACAACAACAAGCUGGCCUUUCAGGUGGCGGAAGAGAAGUUGGGAAUCCCGGCGCUGUUGGAUGCGGAGGACAUGGUGUCCUUAAGGAUCCCGGACAGACUCAGCAUCCUCACCUACGUCUCCCAGUACUACAACUACUUCAAAGGACGCUCGCCCAGUGAGAACACAACAGUGGGAGGAGCCAAGAAGGCGGCGGGGGGCUCCAAAGACACACCGUCAGAGAAGAAGAAUCUCCCAGUGGCGGUCAAAACCAAGACGUCCAUCAAGACUCCGGCCCCUCCCACCGUUGCUGCCACGCGGACGUCGCCCAAGUUGGCGAUUACCGCAGCUCAGAACAAAAAUGGCACCCUGAACAGCAAAUGCGCGGCGUGCCGGAGCCACGUUCAUCUCGUCCAGCGCCACUUUGCCGAGGGCAAACUCUUCCACAGGAGCUGUUUCAUAUGCUGCGAAUGCUCCGGGACUCUCCACGCCGGAGGCUACAAACCCGGUAAAGAUCCGGACACUUUUGUCUGUAAAGUCCACAAGGAGAAGAGUACCAAACGCUCCUCCGAGGCUCGCAUUAAGACUGAACUCGGGCCGUCGAACGGUUCAAUCCGGCUCGAACCACAACCCUGCUCCGUGGUCAAUCCGGUCCACGCUGACCCCCCGACUCACUGCUGGACAUCCUCGGCACGGAAGACUCAAGCGGCCCGUCGGAGCUUUUUGCUGGAGGCUUCGACAGCCGGCACCGCAGAGCUCUCGGGGAGGCCAGAAGUCGACUGGAGCAGAGCUGGAAAGAACCCGGCAGAGCAAAACUCCAACAAUAACAACAAACGUCUGUUUUCUGUUCGCUCGGCAGACAAACGAUUCUUUGCGUCCGAUCUGUCUGAGAACACAAGUCUGCAAAUGGUCGACUGCAGAAAAAACGUUGAACGCACCAACAGAGAAGAAUCUCCGUGUCCUCCAGUUCUAAUUCGUGACAACAUGACGCAAGCAACAGCAGCAAAAGGCAAGAAAACUCAUUUUCUCGAGUUGUUUACUUAUGCUUCUUAUAACCGAUUCUUCCACUCCCGUCCUUGCACGCUACACCGCGACAACAAAGAUGACGGGGAGAAGACGCUGUCGAAGGUGAGCCACGUAAAUAAGACCGCCCGCAAAACGGCGCAUCCUGAAGCGGCUGUCAGAAAGCGGCUUGAAGAUGGUCCACUUUGUGAGACGCAGUCCAAGCCAAAACCUUUGGAAAGCGAACCAGAACCAAGAGAUGAUGAAUCCACCAAAGGAGAUCAGUUCAUAUCCACGACUUUCUCCAACAUGUGUGCCGGCGAGUCAGAAUCACAUCCACCUCCAAUUACGUUUCCACUCGCUCGCCACGGACCUCCAGCGGAUGCACCCAGAAGACCCUCGCCUGUCAAGUCCCCGGCAAGACGGCCAGCUGUGGAAUCCAUCAGCUCGCCGAACUCCCAGGCAGACAUCCCGUCAGGUGCUAAAAAGGGAAAGUAUUUGUCACCCACCGACGCCUUCAGGACUGAAAUGAGGUCACCCUCUUCUUAUCACAUCCCGGCGGAGCAGAUCGAGAGCGAGCUGAGCGACAUCCAGGCCAGCGUGGCGGGUUUGGAGAGAGAAGGCGUGGAACUGGAGAGGAGGCUUCGCCGCUGUGAGAAUGAGGGUGAAGGUGACGUGCUGAUGGACCCGCUGAUGGUCGACUGGUUCAAAGUCAUCCGGAAGAAGCAAGUGUUCAUCAGGAGGGAGUCAGAACUUGUUUACAUCGCCAGGACUCAGCAGUUGGAGCAGCAGCAGCCGAGAGUUGAGCAGGAACUCCGCAGGCUGCUGGAGAAGCCCGACCACCUCAAGACCUCGGAGGAACGAGCGCGGGAGAAGGCGCUGAUGCGGAGGCUGGUGGAGAUCGUGGACGGCAGGAACGCCAUCGUGGAGGUUCUGGAUGACGACCGGCUCAGGGAAGUGGCCGAGGACGAGCAGUUGAACGCCAUGAUGAAAAAUUUGGGAGUAAAGAAAGGCAAACCUAAAAGGAAAUCCUCCCUCUCGAAACUUUUCAGUCGAAGAAGUAAGAGAAGAGUGGAAUAAAAACCGAAACACGACA